AUGAAGAUCUCCUCGCAAACCGUCAGAACGGAUGCAGACCAAUGGCGGAGAUUACCAUCGCCUGGUACAGAUAUCAUCGGAAAUGAUAAAUUAAAUGACAAGAACGGUGUGGUCCCGCACAACCUGGUCGAGAAAACAUAUGCGCGACUGAAUGAUAUCUACGCCCAAAAUCUAAUCAAAAAUUGGGCGGAGGAAGCCGAGCCAGCCAAACACGUAUUCGAAGACCUGGCCAUAGCUGCAUUUAUCAUUGAGCUGUGGAGAAGUCUAUAUGGCACAGUUCCGAAGAGUGAAUCGUCCGAAAAUAGCUGCCCGGCGGAUUUCCCAGGAUUCGUGGAUAUGGCUUGCGGAAAUGGUGUUCUCGUAUAUGUACUUCUAAUGGAAGGAUAUUCAGGACUCGGCUUUGAUGCGCGCCGAAGGAUCUCGUGGAGGACUUUCCCAGAGCCCGUGCAGGAUCGAUUGGUGGAGAAGGUCUUCAUUCCCAAGCCAUUCAUAGAUGUCCUCGAGCCAGAGGAGAUUGGCGUGGAUGCUGAAUUGGGCAAUUAUCCGAAGGGCACAUUUCUCAUAUCAAAUCAUGCCGAUGAGCUUACAGUUUGGACGCCAUUGAUAGCGGCUCUGGCCUGCCCCACGUCACCCCUGCCGUUUCUUGCUAUUCCUUGCUGCUCUCAUUCUCUCUCUGGAGAUAAAUUCCGUUAUCCACCAUCGGAAACAGGAACGCAGCCGCUCGACCAGGGCGAUAACAGUUGUCAAAAGAAGGCUUCAAUUGACCAAAAUCCACAACCAGCCUCGGGAGACCUGCGAGCACUGAGGUUGUUGAAGCAGAAAGAGAAGACAGAAGAGGGCAUGUUCACUUCAAUGUAUGGAUCGCUGACAGCGAAAACCAUGGGGAUUGCCCAAGAGGUUGGCUAUGAAGUACAAAGAUCCAAGCUUCAGAUUCCAAGUACGCGAGAUAUGGGUAUCACCGGAUGUCAAGAGGGAAAUUUAGCCAAUGAAGAGCUCCAGGAAAAGACCAUGCAAAUUAUUCGCCGAGAAUGCGAAGAUGAUGGCGGCAUUCAAGCCGCCGCGAGGAAAUGGGUCGAACGUGCUCGUAAUGUCCAUCGAGGUGACGAGGAAGGAAGCACGGUACAUUGA